CACAAGUGGUUACCCGCGACACACACACAGGCACGCAACGCACACCGACGGCAGAACACCGAGGCAGACAGGAUGAAUCUGCUGCUUGCUGUUGCCUUUCUGGCUGUGGCCAGCUGUGCGAGCAUCUCUCUGGAGGAUCUGGAGUUCCAAGCAUGGAAGCUCAAGUUUGGGAAGUCCUACAGCUCUCCGUCAGAAGAGUCUGACCGCAAGACCAUCUGGUUGAACAACCGAAGACUGGUGCUCGUGCACAACAUCAUGGCCGAUCAAGGCAUGAAGUCCUACCGCCUCGGCAUGACCUUCUUUGCCGAUCUGGAAAACAAGGAGUACAAGCAGUUGUUUUCCCGGGGAUAUCUGCUGCCCUUUAACGCUUCUGCCCCGCGGGGCGGUUCCACGUUCCUGCCAUUGCCCCUUGGAGCUGGCCUACCAAAGACUGUGGACUGGAGAAGCAAGGGCUACGUCACCAACGUCAAGGAUCAGAAGGCGUGCAAUGCCGGUUGGGCCUUCAGCACAACGGGCUCUUUGGAGGGCCAGACCUUCAAGAAGACGGGUAAGCUGGUGUCUCUGAGCGAGCAACAGUUGGUGGACUGCUCUGGCGACUUCGGCAACAGGGGCUGCAUGGGAGGGGACAUGGUAAACGCCUUCCGGUCCAUCCAGGACAACGGGGGAAUCGACACAGAGGAGUCCUAUCCUUAUGAGGCUCAGGGCGGAUUGUGCCGCUACAACACAGUCGACAUCGGUGCCAAAUGCAGAGGUUACGUCAACGUGAAAACCGGUGACGAACUCGCCCUGAAGCAGGCGGUGGCUACAGUCGGACCUGUGUCUGUUGUCAUUGAUGCUUCACAUGAGUCCUUCCAGCUCUACGAAUCAGGCGUCUACGAUGAGAAAGCGUGCAGGACCUCUGAUAUUCACCACGGAGUGCUGGCUGUAGGUUACGGCACCGACGUUGACCGUGACUACUGGCUGGUCAAGAACAGCUGGGGUCCACAGUGGGGAGACAAAGGCUACAUCAUGAUGAGCAGGAACAAACGCAACCAGUGUGGAAUUGCUACGGCAGCAAGCUACCCUUUAGUGUGAACGGAUUUGCGGGAAAACCAAUUCCAUUUUAUCGGCUCGUGAGACAUGUUUUUCAUUAACUCUGGAGUGUUGGAAUGAGUCAGACAGGAACAAAGAGAACCAGUGUGGAAUUGCUACGGCAGCAAGCUACCCCUUAGUGUGAACGGAUUUGCGGGAAAACCAAUUCCAUUUUAUCGGCUCGUGAGACAUGUUUUUCAUUAACUCUGGAGUGUUGGAAUGAGUCAGAGCCAGUGGACGAGGAAAAACUGAAUGAUGAUAUUUGGCAAUUGAUUUCUAAAAUUUGAUUUGAUAACGAGCUUCUGUUUUUGUAUAUUCUGACUUUUUAAAAGGGAAAUUAUACAAUACAGUACAUCCUGAUUUAUAUAGCGCUUUCACAACAGCAGCAAUUGUAAGCAGAUGCAAUAUAACCAGAUCAUUUAUAAAAAUAAAGAUGAAUGUGCUUCAUG